CACUGCUGCACCUCUUCUUCAACUUGACACUCAGGUCUAGCGUCCAGUCCGCAUGAACGGUGACCGCGGCGAUGGAAGCACGAGCUCUGCAUCCUUAAUCUUUCUGCCCACCCGCGACUUGCCUCCUCUGCGUCCACUGCCGGCUAGCGAGGUGAUCCGAACCUGCCUUGAAAAGUUGGCACGAGCCAUUGGUCUAGGUCAGGAACGCGUAGUACGUCUUUCCCUCGAGCAUCUCGAAGGGAGCGGCCAAUGUCAACCAGUGAACCUCAGCACAAAGGAAGAGGAGGAGCAGGAUCACAGCGAUGGCUCCGACUCGCCAGCAUCUGCAGACACUAUCGAGUCUCGCUUCGCCCAGACCUGGCUCACAAGGAUCAUCUCUUCUUCUUCCUUGAGCGAAGGGACUGAUCUGCAGGAAAAGGCAGCAGAGGUACUCGCUGCCUUGUGUGGCAAUCCUGCUUCCGAACCAGAGCGGACCCGCUUCCACUUUGGUCCUGUGCAAGUGCUGAUCCAGGACUCGGCUAUCACGUCCGACGCUCUGGGCAAUCGGACGUGGGGUGCUGCACCUCUUCUUUCCCAGUUCCUCCUCUAUAAGUUCUCCAGCUCUUCACAAGAGACGAGGAGAUUGCCGAGGAAGGUGCUAGAGCUUGGAGCGGGCACGGGGCUGGUGGGUUUGGCGCUUACUGCUCUUGCUCAUGAGCUGGGGAGGAGCGUACAGGUGGACCUAACGGACUAUCAUCCUCACGUUCUGGAGAACCUGCGGAUCAAUGCACUCCUCAAUGAGGAAGAGUGGAAGAGCAAAGCAACAGAAGAGUCCGUCGCGGUGAGCAUCUCCAGACUCGAUUGGCAAGAGGUGCACGACUCCCUCUCCACUCCUGCGUCCUCGCCCGCGAAACAACUUUACUCCUCAACAGCCCAGACCCUUCCCUCUCUCCCCUCCUCUGGAAAUUCUCGGCACUCCUCCAGCAUUCCCAGCCUCUCCCCCUCGGAGCGUUACGACCUCCUCAUCGCCUGCGAUUGCGUGUACGACCCCCUCCACCCAAGCUGGAUCCGAUCCGUUGCGCACCGACACCUCGCACCAGGAGGGGUCCUCUACCUCAUCUCGCCGCUCAGAAGGACACACGCGCGGGAAGUGCAGGCAGUCUAUGAGGCGUUCCCUCGCAGUCGCCAGUACAAGGGUGACGUGGGGCGCGAUGCCACCGAGGUAGGCGAAGGUGAGGAGGAAGAGGAGGAGAGGCUAAGGAUCGUAUGGGAGCGGGACCAGGUGGGGUACGACAAUUUCGGUCCCAAGGGCGGCUUCGAUGGUGGAGGCGGAGGAAUAGACACAGAGCGGAGAAAGGGACUCAGGACGACCUAUCGGCUAUGGGAGAUCAGGAGGGCACGCUAGGUGGGAGACGAUAGGCCGCACUCGGCAUUUGCGCUCUGUAAUGUAGACUAGACGUACGAUGUCCAUUGGGUGACCAAGCAACCUUACACUACUUUUUUGAAUACAUUGAGAUUUUUGAGAUAU